UCAAAUCAUCAAUCAUCAUCAUUAAUGAUAAUCUUGAAAACAAUUUUAGGAGUAUUCUUUCAUUCUUUUCAUGUGUUAUAUAAUGUUAUCACUCUUUCUUUGAUUUCAUUAUGUCAUCGGUUGAAUCAUCGAAUUUUGAUAUUGAUUUUUCCAUUCCAUAUGUUGCUGAAACGCCCACAUUGGCCGAAAUCCUUGCCGAAAAUCAUGAUGAUAUUUUUGAACAAGUUGAUCAUCUAAUUGAACAAGAUCUUAGCCUAAUAGGUGAAGAUCUAGAAUUUUCCGGUACCGAAUUGUUGGAUACAAGUUUAGCAAAUGCGGCUAUCAACCCAUCAUUUCAUCAGGAUCAUUCGGCUAUUCAGCCGGAAAGUUCAUUCAAUGUAGUUGAAUUAACAUUUAUAAAAACACAACUUACUCAAUCAAAAAGUGAUCAAAUUGAUUCUGGCAAUCCAACUGCGUUUGCAUUGUCAAAAAAAUUCUUGGCAAUCGGUACGUUUAAUGGCCAUAUUUUGCUGUUUGAAUUAGCCAACGAUAGACUAGCUGCGUUUCUAAAACAUUCGAAAGAAUUUGGUUCUAUAACAUCUGUCACAAUAAAUCGAGACUCAACCCGAUUGUUAGCCGGUGGUAGCCGUGGUUCAAUUUCAUUAUGGAAUAUAAUCACUUAUGAAAUGAUUCGAGUGAUUGACGAUCUAAAUGACCUUUAUAGCUCGAUAUUGUCCAUACACUAUCUAUCCAAUGGACAUUUUGUCGUAUUAAACGAUACGAGUGGAUCAAUAUUCAUUAUGGAUGUGCGGAAGAAAAAUUCCAGAUUACAAUGCGUAUUUUCAGGCAGUCGUGGCGAAGCACUUGUAUUGAAACCACUUACUUAUGAUGACAUUCCUCAUGAUCAACCAGAAUUCAGCGGUAUCGAACAAAUUUGUUUGUUAGCUAUGGCAACCGUUACGAAGAUGAUUGUUAUUUCAUUACGGCCAUCUGUUGUUGUACAUUUUACCACAACAUUACGUUCCACAAAUUUAGAAUGUUUACCAUUGAUUGCAUGGAAUUUGUCAUUUAGAUAUGGUAAUGAAUAUAUGCCACUGUUGACAUUUGGUCGUCAAAAUCAAAUUUUCAUUCAUCGAAUGGUUACAGAUUUUGUGGAAAAAAUCAAUUUUAUUCCAUUAUAUCAAUUUAUCACCACUAAUUAUAUGCUACAACAUUUAAGUUGGUUUGAAGAUGAUAAAUUACUUGUAAUCGAUACAGAUGAAACUGGACAUUUGAUCGAUGUAAUUGUACAGGAAGAAAUGGAAAAAAUUGAUCUAAGUCAUAUAGAAUUAGUUUAUGAAAAUGCCCAUUAUAAAUCUUUAGUCAAUGGUGGCUACGUUAGUCAAGCAAUGGCUCAAGCAGGUGAACAUGCAUGUAAUAAUUCCAUUUGUUUACGAAUUAUGAACGAAGAUUCCAAUAAACGUACUAAGAAAAAUCAACUCUAUAUACUGGGAAUUCAAUCGAUUUUUGUCGUAACCUUACGGAAUUGGAUAGAAAAAGUUAAUCAUUUAAUAAAUGAUAGUCAAAAUUAUGAUCAGGCAUUACAAUUCCUGUAUGAUCAAUAUGAAUCGUAUAAAGAUCGACCAGAUUCUGAUUUCGAAAAUGUCAUUGAUCAAGUCAUUGAAAUGAUGAAUCAGACAUUAACAAGUUAUAUUCAAUCAUUAGAACCGAAAAAUAUGAAACAAACUGAAGAUUUGACCAGAGAAAUUAUUGCCAAUCUGAUCAAAUACAUUGUUUGUUUGAAAUCCGAACAACGACAUAUGGCUAUAUUUGAACUAUUCGAACGAAUCAAUUUGAAUCCGAAAAUGAAAUCAAUUUUUAUUGAAUCACUUGAAUCACAUAUUUUUGAUGAUCAAUUACCAUCAUUGAAUCCGUUAAUUGUCAAUGAAAUGAUUGAUUAUUUAAUUGGUAAAGAAUGGUAUAAUCUAUUGGAUUCAUUGAUUGUUCAUUUGGACAUUCAAUCAUUGGAUAUUGAUCAUAUAAUUCGAAUCUAUGGCCAAUAUCAUCUGUACGAUUCAUUUAUUUAUAUCUACACUUGUGCUAUGAAUGAUUUUCUUACACCUUUUGAUGAAUUGCUUAAAUUAUUACGAGAUUCGAUUCAAACAAAAUCACAACUUUUAUCUAAAACCGACAUAAUCAUUGGAAACAAAUUACUCGUCUAUUUGAAUUGUAUGCUUACAUGUACGUACUAUCCAAACAAAGGUUCUUUGCCCGAAAUGCAACAACAAGAUCAUUUGGAAUCUUGUUUCCAACGUCUUAUGGCCGUAAAUGAUGAUAAUCGAUUGGAUAUAAUUGAUGUUCUAUUUCGAUAUGAUUCAAUCGAAUUUCUCAAUACACUUUUGAUUGGAUUCGAUUAUCUUGAUAGUCAUCAUUCAAAUUUAUGUUAUUUCAAACAGAUUGUAAUCGAUAAAAUGCUUGCCUUUAUUGUCGAACAAAAUACAACCGAUUUCAAUGAUGAUCAUCGAAAUUCAUUUUUCAUAUUCCUUGGCCGAUGCUGUAUUUCAACGCAGUCAUCAUCACAUGAUUCGAUCAAAAUAAUUGAUGAUCAUUUCAAUCAAAUGAUUGAUUCAUUGUUUGCGGCAAGUUCGAAUAAACGUUUCGAAGAACGACAACAAAUUCUUAUUCAACUUUUUCGGAAUCGUCCUUGGAAUCAACGUCUAAAUGCAGAGAAUUUUCUACAAAAAGCACAAACAAGUCGAAUGUAUAAAAUUUGUGAACAAAUCUAUCGUGAUCGUCGUGAUUGGAUUAAUCUGUUUCGUAUACAUGUUGAUGAUUCCAGUAAACAUGAUGAAAUUUUUAAUUUUAUCGAUUUGAUUAUCACUCAGGAUGAUAGAUUUUUCAAUUUACAACAAUCCACUGAUAAUUGGAACAAAAGUGAUUUUCUAAAUACCGUAUUUGAACAGUUUUGUUUUUUGAUCCAAAUAGAUCAUCGAAAAUCUGCUCAACUUUUUUAUCAAUUUGUUGAACAAUGUGAUGGACUUUUUAAUAUAAUUAUUUGUCAACUUGAAAGUGAUCCAUAUCGUCAUUAUCAAUUUCUUCGACAAAUUAUGGUCGAAUUUAAUCAGAACAAUAAUGAUGAAUCAAAUGUAGUGAAUAAACCGAAAAUAUUGGAACAGAUUUGUAAUGAUGGAAAAAAUCAAGAUAUUUUCCUUGAAUUAUGUCUACAAUUUGAACCUGAACAAAUUGUUUCAAUGUUUCAACUAUUGAAAAAUUAUGAUCAAAUAAAAAUGUUGGAAAUUUGUCAUGAAUCACAAUCAUAUGAUGGCCAAGCAUUCUUGUUGGAAUCGAUGAAACAAUAUGUAAAAUCAUUUGAAGUUUUAUUCGAUCAAUUUCGAAAAUCAUUGGAUGAUAUUGUCCAUAUGGAUCGCUUUUUAGUUAAUGUCGAAGAUAAUGAAUGUGCAAUGAAAAAUUUUCAAAAAAUUCUUGAAUUUUGUGAUCGUCAUCAUGAUCAUGAUAAACCUGAAAUGUAUUGGCUUAAGCUACUUGAAUAUCUUAUAUUCAUAAAGUCCGAAACAAAAUCAUCAUCAUCAUCAUCAUCAUCAAAACGUCGUGAAAUGGCUGGACAAAUUGAAUUGAACAAAAUAUUGAAUCAAUUAUUCGAGACACUUAUAAGUGAAAUGCUUACUCAUUUGAAUUUGGUUCUAUUUUUAGAUAUAAUUAUGGAAAAAAUUCUCAAACAAUCCGAUACAAUAUGUGAUUUUCGUGAAAUGCUUCUAUGUAUAUUGGAGAAUUAUAAUUAUGAAAAAAUUCUAUUAGAAUUAACAACUAAUAUCCUGUCGGUUGAACAUCGUCAACUUAUUGAACAAUUUCGACGAUUAAAAUUUCGUUCAAAAAUAUUUCGUCGUUCAAUGAUUCAUUGUGAAUUAUGUGAUGAUAAUGAAAAUAAUAAUAAUGAUGAUGAUGUUGAUGAUGGUGAAAAAUUUGUUACAUUCCAUAAUUGUGAUCAUAUUGUUCAUUGGACAUGUUUACAACGAUACACAAACAAUCAAACUAAUAAUUGUCCAUUUUGUCAUCAUAUAAUACAACAACAGACUAGUCGAAAUUAUGAUAAAACAUUUAGCAAACAUCAGAAAAAUCAAAAUAAUCAUCAGCCAAUAUUUAAUGAUAUUCAAUUGAGAAUUUUAAAUCAAAUUCAUCAUGGUCGAUUAAAAUCAUUGAUGAUUCAUAAACAAAGACAACAUCAUAGAUCAUCACCAUCUAAAUCGAAUAAUUCAAGAACAAUAUUAUCACCAUUUAAAUAAAAAUUAUUAUUAUUCAUUUAUUUUUUUGUUGUUGUUUUUG